CAGUGAGCUCAUUUGUCUGAAGGGAAGACAUUACACUAUGGUAUGUGACGGCUGAGUCAAAGCUGAGGGGUGGAUGCUUUUUUCGGUGAAGACUUGGAAGUAACUGCCUGUUGUGUGGAGGUGUGGUGAUGCACGCAGUGUAUCUGCUGACUCCCUCUGUUCCCUUUACUCUGCAAGAGACACAGAUGUAUGGGCGGUACACCCAGGAGUUGGGUGUGUAUGCCAAAGAGGAAGCGGCCCGCCUACGGGACGGAGGAGUGCGGGAUGGCGGGGGGCUGCGGAGGAACACCAGCGUUCGCAGCCGUGCUGCGGACCUGCUGGAGUAUGAGAAAGACCCAUGUGCUAAGUGCCAAAUGUGCGCGUCUCGCUGUCAGAAGUUCCUGAUCUCGCGGGUUGGGGAGGACUGGAUCUUCCUCAUCCUGCUGGGGCUGCUCAUGGCCUUGGUCAGCUGGGUUAUGGACUACGCCAUCGCCUUCUGCCAGGAAGCACAGAAGUGGAUGUACGGUGGACUGGACAGUAACAUGCUUCUACAGUACAUUGCCUGGGUCACCUACCCUGUAGUGCUCAUCACAUUCUCAGCAGGAUUCACACAGAUACUGGCUCCACAGGCUGUGGGUUCAGGCAUUCCCGAGAUGAAGACCAUCCUGAGAGGAGUGGUGCUGAAGGAGUACCUGACGUUUAAGACAUUUGUGGCCAAGGUCAUCGGUCUGACCUGCGCCCUGGGCAGCGGGAUGCCCCUGGGGAAGGAGGGCCCGUUUGUUCAUGUCGCCAGCCUGUGUGCCGCUCUGUUGAGCAAAUUCAUGGCUGCUCUUUUUGGUGGGACGUACAUGGAAGAGCCCUUUGAGGGAAACAAGAACGAGUUGAGGAACACAGAGAUGCUGUCGGCGGCGUGCGCGGUGGGUGUGGGCUGUUGCUUCGCUGCCCCCAUUGGAGGGGUGCUGUUCAGUAUUGAGGUCACUUCAACGUUUUUCGCGGUGAGGAACUACUGGAGGGGCUUCUUUGCUGCCACCUUCAGUGCCUUCAUAUUCAGAGUGCUGGCGGUCUGGAACCAAGAGGAAGAGACCAUCACAGCGCUCUUUAAGACCCGCUUUCGCCUGGACUUCCCAUUCGACCUUCAGGAGCUGCCAGCGUUUGCCAUCUUGGGGAUUGCCUGCGGUUUUGGUGGUGCUCUGUUUGUCUACCUGAACCGGCUGAUAGUGGAGUGCAUGAGGAAGCAGAAGACCAUUAACAAGUUCUUGCUGAGGAAGCGUCUGGUGUAUCCCGCACUGGUCACCCUGCUCGUCUCCACCCUCACCUUCCCGCCAGGCUUUGGACAGUUCAUGGCCGGACAGCUGACGCAGCACGAGUCUCUGGUCGCCUUGUUUGACAACCGCACGUGGUGUCGUCAGGGCGUGGCCGAGGAGUUCGACUACAUCAGCCACUCCCACGCCUGGAAGCACCCCCAGGUCAACGUCUUCAUCACGCUCAUCCUCUUCAUCAUCAUGAAGUUCUGGAUGUCCGCUGUGGCCACCACCAUGCCUGUCCCAUGCGGGGCAUUCAUGCCAGUUUUCCUCAUUGGUGCAGCUUUUGGCAGACUGGUCGGUGAGAUCAUGGCAGCCAUGUUUCCUGAUGGUAUACAUGCUGACGGCAGUGUGUAUCCUAUAGUCCCUGGUGGCUACGCUGUAGUUGGUGCCGCAGCCCUGUCUGGAGCGGUCACACACACUGUGUCCACAGCGGUGAUAGUGUUUGAGCUGACCGGUCAGAUCUCCCACAUUCUGCCUGUGAUGAUCGCCGUGAUCCUGGCCAACGCCGUCGCCCAGUCGCUCCAGCCCUCCCUGUACGACUCCAUCAUCAGAAUCAAGAAACUACCAUACCUGCCUGAACUGGGCAUGGGACAUCAUGAGAAGUAUAAUAUCCGUGUGGAGGACAUCAUGGUCAGGGAUGUGCGCUUCAUCACUCUAACCUCCUCCUAUCGGGACCUGCAAGAGGUGCUGCUGACAGGUCAGCUCAAAACACUGGCCCUGGUCGAAUCCAGAGACUCCAUGAUCUUGCUGGGCUCCAUAGAGCGAUCCCAGCUCCAGUCUCUGCUCUCCCACCAGCUGGGACGGCAGCGGAGGCUGGAGCACCUGCGGCAGCUCGCCCAGGACAACGGCACCCACGAUCACCUGCCCAGUCUCGCCACUGACAGCACCCCGAGCUCGCCCUGUGCCCACACCCACGCCCACAUCAACGCCACAACCAACACCAACACCCGCCAAGGGGUCCGCUUCCUGAUUUCCACAGAGGAGUCUUCCUCCUUCAGCCCAGCUGUGUCCAAUGUUCAGCUUCCGUUGAAAUCUGCCUUGAAAACUGUGUCAGCCAUCAGCGACACAGAGACACCAAACAGCUCUCAGACUCUCUCCUGUGCCGACCACGAGACGGAGCUGCUGGAGAGCUCGGCUGGGCCGGCUCCUCCUGAAAAAAGAAAGCCCAAGCCCAAACGAGUGAGGAUCUCCAUGGCGGACUCUCCUGAAGUGGAAGAUGACAUGACCACCGCGGAGAUAGCAGAAUGGGAGGAGCAGCAGCUGGAUAUGCCAGUGGAUUUCAAGAACUGCAAGAUCGACCCUGCCCCCUUCCAGCUGGUAGAGAGGACGUCCCUGCAUAAGACUCACACCAUCUUCUCUCUGCUGGGUCUGGACCAUGCCUAUGUGACCAGCACGGGCCGUCUUGUUGGAGUCGUUUCUCUCAAAGAGCUGCGCAAGGCCAUAGAGGGCUCAGUGACGGCGGCUGGAGUGAAAGUGCGCCCCCCAUUGGCCAGUUUCCGUGACAGUGGGAACAGCACAAGCGUAGCUGAGGUAACAGAGCUUCAUAAACUGUGGAUCCGCCACCGAGGGCUCUCGUUGCCACGGGAACCGACCCCUCCCGAUGUGGAGGACCAACCAGAUCUCCCAUACGAAGAGAUCCCGGUCGACUUCUCGGACCAAUCAAACUUGGAGUUUGAAACCAGCCCCGGCAACAUCACGAAUCCAUCAUCGGAGUUAGUGCUCCAGGAGAGCCCCUCCUUCACGGAGGAUCAGUCGGAGUUUACAUUUGAAUGCAGCCCCUCCCACACUGAUGAAUCAGAGCUGGCCUGUGACUAUGACCCCUCCCACCACACUCCUGAGCCAGAGCAAUCAGAGCCAGGGAAAGAACAGGGAAGUCCGUCCCCGAACAAGGACCAAUCAGAACACGAGUGUGAAGGAAGCCCCGCCGAUCCUGAGGAUCAAUCAGAAUGAUCGGAGGGGCUGAUGAACAGUCCAGUGUUAAAUACAGAGACGCCUCAUGAUUGUUGAAGUUUCAUACAUUUGUAGAGGUCACUCUCACCUCCAACUCCAGCCUAGAUAUCUCUGUCUGUAAUACUGUUGCAGUUUAUGGGAGUGAGUGAGUGAGUAGAUGUGACAACUUGGUAUUGUGUUUUAAAUUGUUACAUUGCCUAUUUAAGCGUGGAUGAGUGAGUGAGUGAGUGAGUGAGUGAGUGAGUGUGUGAGAGAGAGUGAGAGAGUGACUGAAUGAGUGACGUGUGGCACUUUGCCCGCCGUGCUCAAAUCUGGUCUGGACUCUGACACGUAAUUGAUUCUCCAUGCCAAACUGUAAACACGACUCUACACAACACAGGGAGAAAAAGACGCCACACACGUGGAAAACCGGAGGGAACUAAAGGCUGAAAAAAUAAAGACAAGGUGUUAAGAAGCAAAGAGAUGGAAAAGUGUUUUGCUGAGCACACAAAAGGUUAACACUUCAUAAUAGCCAUCAUUAAUAAAUGGUUAAUUGAUUGUUAAUUAACCUUUAGUUAAUAGUUAUUUUACAGUUGACAAACAAUGAAAUGAUAAUUAAUGUUUCCUUAUUACACAGUACUGUUUAACAGUUUACUGUUGAACACAUUAUAACUUUUUUUUACUAUAUCAGAUAUUUCUUAAUGAUUACCAAGUGAUUUGUAAACCUUUAAGAAAUCAAUUGCAAAACAUCUACAAAUGUAACAGAGGGGCCAGAUAUUGUAUAACACUAAAAACUGUUUUAUAGAUUGUCUAUAAACAGUAUUUGGAUGGCUACUAUAAAGUUGCAGCUGAUUAUUAUAAUACUUUGUUAAAUGAUUAAUAAAUACUUUUUAAUACAUGAAAAUUAUUUGGAUGGCUCUUAUAAAGUUGCCACUACUGCCUGUAAUAAUUAGUUAAUAAAUAUGGUGAUUCCAGGGUUCAAGCCGACACAGACUGUUGGACGUUUCAAGCAUCAGUUUAAUUAAAAAUAUCCCCAAAGUAUCCAACUUUAUAAUAGCCAUCCCAAUAAUGUUUGAAGAUGCUCUACAUAGUAUUUAUUAACUAUCUACCACAUCAGUUGCAACUUUAUAAUAACCAUCCAAAUCCCGUUUAUAGAUAGGCUGUUAAAAAAUAAAUUAAUUAAUUAAUUAAUUAAUAAUAAUAAUAAUAAUAAUAAUAAUAAAAUAAAAUAUUACCCCUUAACAAAAAAUAUCUGGUCCCUCUUUGAAGUGUUGUAGAUGUUUUACAAAUAAUCAAUCAAUAAUUGGUAAUCAUUUACAAUUAAUUAAGAUAGUAUAUAAAAUGUUGUAAUAUGUGCAACGAUAUUAACAUUAAUUUUUCAUGCCAUUGUUUGUUAACUGAAAAUAACUGUGGACUACGCUUUAAAUCUACCAUUUUUAAUGAUGGUAAUUUAAAAGUGUUACCCAUAAAAGUAUCAUUUGAAACAACUACCUAUUCACACCCAGGACCAAGGCAGCUUACAGAGGUGCACCUGGUGGCCAAGCGUAGUGGUACUACAGGGCUCAGAAAAACGGCGAAGCACAUUGUAAUUACCAUUACUAUAACCUUCUGCACAUGUAGCCUUAUUUGGCUUUAUAGGGGCUGAUUUGACAAGGGCAAUAUAGGUUGUCAGUCUCUUUAUAUUUUAUAAUUCACACAAAAUGCAUCAUUCAAAUGUAUGAAUUGCCUCCACAUCAUCUGCUAUGUGAAUUUACUGUGUUUGACUUAUUUCUAGCAUGAUGAAGGAAUGAGAGUCGAGCUCACAGUGGAGGAAGAUAAAUCACCGGCUAUUGUACAGAAUCAAGGCAUCUAUGAAUCUUUAUAGGUACCUUGUACAGAGCACAUAGACACACACCACACAUACACACACAAGAACACACAUACACUCCCGUACACACACACACAUACACGCACACACAUGUACUUGGCCUGUAGAUAUUUACACCCUUAAUAUUUUCAUAAAAUGUUACAUAUUCUCCUAUAUAUGACACUGAGUGCAUUUAAUCCAGCUUGGCCUCUAAUGCAAUGUUUAGAAAUACAAUUAUGAAGCACAGUGAUACCCACAUUACAAGUCUGAAACCUGUUGUAGAGCCAAGUGUGUGUAAGUGCUCGUUACAACCUCAGUAUGACCCGAGUCGAACUUCAAACGGAUGUAAAUUUUGUCCAAGCAAGUAUUUUAGCUUCAUGCGGCAAUUUUGAGCCAUAUUUCAAUCUUAUGUGAUUAUCACCACAGCAUACCAACUUAGGCUCAUUUUUGUCUGUAUAAACAUUUGUGCAAUAAUUUAUUACCGUCUUACUUUUGUAUGCAUAUAGAAUGUGAAGUAGUGCUCGCCCUAUAAGAUAAUGUACAAGGAGUUUAAUGUAGAGAGUGUAUAAGCUAACUUGCAGCGCAUCUAGUUAAGCAAUAAGUCUGUAGUAUCUCCCUUUAUAUGGCCCUGGCCUGUAUAGGCUUUGUAUAUAUGAAAAUACAUGGAUAAAAUCUACGUACAUGCUAUGUACAUAGGAGAAUUAUGCAUUUGAGAUCAACAGCCAUUGUUAUUUUUCAGAGAACAUGAAAUUGUUUUUGUACAUCA